AAGCCUCGCAGCACCCGCCGGCCUCCCCCCGCCCUGCCCCUUCGGCCAGCGCCGCGGCGCCAUGGCCGCCUCCUCGCAGCCGGCGCGCCCCCUUCGGCUGGGCGUGCUCGGGGCGGCCCGCGCCGUGCCGACGGUGAUCGUGAAGCCGAUCAGGCGCAACCCCGACCUGGCAGCCAAGGUGGAGGUGGUGGCCGUCGCCGCGCGCAGCGCCGACAAGGCCGCGGCCUUUGCCGCUGAGUGGGGCAUCCAGAAGUCCUAUGGCAGCUACGCCGAGCUGCUCGCGGAUCCGGACGUGGACCUGGUGUACAACAGCCUGCCGAACGCGCUCCACUGCGAGUGGACUGUCCGGGCCCUCAUGGCUGGAAAGCACGUCUUGUGUGGGAAGCCUCUCAGCAGCAACGCCCGGGAGGCGGUGGUCAUGCAGCGGGCCGCCGAGGAUGCGGGGAAGGUGUGCUUGGAGGCAUUCCACGCCAUCAGCCAUCCCGUGUGCAAACGCGUCCGCGAGUUGAUCGUAGAAGGCAAGAUUGGCACGGUGGAGCGCGUCGAGGUCAACUACCCUGUUGAGCUUUCACAGUACGAUGCGAAAAUCCGGUCCAAGAUGCAUCAGCCAACACCUUUGGCGGAUGAUUACCGCAUGCACAGUGAGAUGGGCGGUGGGGUCACCAUGGAUCUUGGCUGCUACUGCGUCGCCAUGGUCAAGGCUGUCACAGGCGAAGACCCACAAGUGGUCAGUGCAGCUGCGCAACGUUGGCUAGGUGAUUCAGAGGUUGAUGUGGCGAUGUCGUGCGAGAUGCAUUUGCCUUCGGGUGCCACCGCUCACUUCGACUGCUCGUUCGUGGCUGGCAAGUACGCCCAGCCAGUAACUAUGUGCAUCGCAGGCAGCAACGGGAAGCUCAAUGUGGAGGGGUUCUUCUCCGCGCACAAGGCCAACAAGAUCAGACUCGAGCAGUGGGACGAUGUAGGCGUGACCUCUACCGAGUCCGUAGACGACCCAGGGCGUCUGAAUACACAGGACAGCUUCUACUACCAGUUGAUGGCCUUCGUCGACGAGGUCGGAUGCCAGGAUCGCAGACCAAAUCCGGGUAUGCCGUGGGGAUACACAAAGAACAAGAUCAACACUCCAGCGGAGGGCGUGAAGAACAUGGCUAUCUUGGAGGAUGUCUACAGGGCGGCCGGGAUGAAGCCGAGGUGGACGACGAACCCGCCGCCGGCGCCCUACGACGUCAUUGGUAGGUCAAGGCUCUGAGCGCGGUGCUGCUGCUGCCUCCGUGCGAAGUGCGCCUCCAGUGUGGCCAUCGCACAGUCGUCGACACGCGCACGAUGGCUUGGGCCUCGGGCGAUUCGACCGCAGCAGGGCGAGCCCACGUGUUCCAUAGUUUUUGGCGUUAGCAAAAUCAAGGCGGCGCGACAAGGCUAGUUACAGGGUUCUGCCAGCGCGCCUGGGCGUUCCGAUGGUUACCCUCGAGCCCACGCACCGAAUGCCAGGACGAUUUCAAAUCAAAUCCCAGCGGCGCGAGCGUAGCGCUUGCUGUGCCGGCGCACCGUUAUCUGGUUCCAACGCGGCCCAUCGAAAAAGAAUGACAAGUAAGCGAAGGGAA